UCUGCCCACUGAAAGCGGGUGUGCUUUUAUUUUGAAAUUUGAAUCGGCGGCGUUGGCCUGACGCAGCGGAGGCAGAUGUGAGCCAGAUGUUAGGCAGACGGAUCGCUGAUCCUGCUCUCUAGAGGACACCUGAGAUUACAGCAGAUCAGUUCAGCAUCCACCUGUAGCACCUGUUUCUGCCACCGUGCUAUUUGAAUAUCUGGUCGUGAUAUUCAAAUAAAAAGGUGCGAAAAUAUACAAAACACUCCAACAGACUGUGUGUGGCACUGGUGAUCGGCCAUCAGAAAAAAACAAAAAAAACCCAGUCCAUUGUUUCCUCGAUGACUUUGUCCUGGAGACGUGAACCCGUUCAGCGUGUGCUCGCCAGUGACGUAACAGUCUCGUGCAACAGGAUCGGGAGCUUCUCUCUGCUCCGCCCCGAGAAAAAUCCACCUGUUGUCGUCUCACCUGGAGCAGAGCGGCACUGACGAACUGGAGGCUGGGACAGCAGCGACAUGGGAGGUGUUUACUCCAAUGAAAAGUUGGCAGGAGCUUUCUCAUAUGAGAGUUCAGAAAUCGACUGGUGUGAAGACAACUACAGACACUCUGAACAUGUGGUGGAGUACUUCAACACCAUGAGCAGCUUUUUUUUCUUCAUCAUAUCUCCCGUCAUGCUUUACCUUCUGCACCCUUACGCCAAAGAGAGGAACCUGGCGAUUCACUUGGUCUGGAUCCUGAUGAUGUUUGUCGGGCUCUUUUCAGCGUACUUCCACAUGACGCUCAGUUUCGUUGGCCAGAUGUUAGAUGAGCUGUCCAUCCUGUGGGUGCUGGCAGUGGGAUACGCUCUCUGGUUCCCCCGCAGGCUCUUCCCUUCUUUCAUAAAAGACAGGUCCCAUUUUUCAAGCCUCAUCCUGGUGGUUACCGUCAUCACCACGGUAUCAUCCUUUGUCAAACCCACAGCCAACGCCUACGCUCUAAACUGCUUCGGCCUCCAUCUGCUUUACGUUCUGGCUGUCGAGAUGAAAAGCUGCACUGAUCAGAAGGUUCUGCGACUGGCUAAGGUGUCGGUGGCUCUGUGGGUGCUCGCCAUCACCUGCUGGAUUAGUGACCGCUUUGGCUGCAGCUUCUGGCAGAGGCUGAACUUCUGCUACCUGCAUGGAAUCUGGCACAUUCUGAUUGUGAUAGCUGUGGCCUACGGCAGCACCCUCAUAGCUUACCUGGAUGCCAACUAUGAGAUACCGUACUCACUGCCUGGACUGCAGUACUGGCCAUGUGAUAAAUGGGCUGUUGGAUUACCUCACAUUGUGCUGAAGAGCACUCCCAAAACACAGAAACGCUGCUAACACUGUAAAAGUUGUUUUAAACAUUUCUGUAACUAAACCCCAUUAGUACAGCCACACCACACAAUGACUACCAUUUCAAAUGUGAUUUACAUGCUUUAAAUACUAAGGGGCUGUUUACACAAUGUUUUUUUUUUUUUGCUUACAACGGAAACUUGUGGUGCUUUUGGACGUUCAGUCACACAGCAACAACAUUUUUGGGGCCUGAAAACGCCAAGUUUUGAAAUUAAGUUCCCGAGCAUAAUCUUUUGAUAAUCAUCCUGUAAACAGGCAAUACGCCCUUCCUGCUAAAGCUGUGAAGAUAUAACCCCGCUUUGCUCAUGUUAAGUAUGUUAACAGCCUAGUAGCCAUGCACAAAACGGACAACUUUUUUAAAACCCAAAGGAAAAACUUUUCUGCGUCGAGCUUAACUUUUGUCACAUAAAUGCAGCCUUAGUCAGGAUAGUUUUCUUAUCCUGGCAAAGGAUUGUUGACACCAUGGAUGGAUUACGAAGUGGGCCUUACACACAGGCCAUGGGCCCAAAGGGUCAGGGGCACCUAAGGGUCAAGUUAUGCUAAAAAUAUUUAUUAUAUUAGAUUUUGAGUUCCUUCCCACACCAGAUUUUGUGAUGCUUUUGGUCUCAUGAUCCUUCCAUGUUUUACACCAAAAAGUAUGAUUGUCGACAAAAGUGCUAAAACAGUCUAGAAAACAAAAAAAUAUGUAUUUUCUAUUUAUCAAACUUCAGUUAUAGGUAUAUUUAAAUAUAACCAUUACUUACAUAAUCAAAUUGAUGAAUACAUUUUUUUCUAGACAUCCAUUUUAAUACACUUAAAAAUAACUGCACAUUGGGUAAUAUUAUUUUAAUUUGAAUAUAUGGCCUUUUUUUUCUAUUUUUUUAAAAACCAAUAAUAUUCAUCCAAAUAUUGUUGGAAACAGAGCUGGAGGUCCUCUGAUGUUUAGUAGAUGUAGAGUAGACUGAAGUUUAACUACUGAGGAGAUGUGUAUCCAUAUAGCACAUAUAUACAAAAUGAAUGACUGAGAGAAAAGUGUGUGAUUGUGUGUGUGUUAAAUUGUUUCCUACAGUUAAGCAUGUGUGUUUUUUUUUGUUUUUUGUUUUGUGAGGCAACUGCUGUGAUCUUAUUUUCAAGACAUGAAUGCACAUUUGAUUCUGUACAUGGUGGAAUAUUUUGAGACUGAUUGAUUUUUCUUACAACAAAACUGUUGCUAUGCUAUGAAACUAUAACUACUGUCAGUUUUCAGUGCGACGGCCUCUUUGAGUGAAGCACCAUAGUGACGUGUUUACACUGAGAUUUAAAUUACCUGAACAUGUGGUAGUUUGACAGGCGUACACCCUGCUCUCGAGGUUAGUUUGAGCUUUGUAACCUGAACUGAGUUUUUGUCUGAUUUAGAACGAAAAUUAGGUAAAUGAACGUAUGGUGAUCUGCGUAGUGGCAUGUUAGAAUUAAAAGUGCUGUAGUUUAGUCAUAUUAUUUUAAUGUAGACAUCUCUAUUCUUUCAGUGUCAUUAUCAGAUCAUUCUCAGGUUUUUGCUCAGGAAUAACGGCGCUUGUCUCGUUCAGGGCCUCUGAAAUAUGAAUCUUAAGUGCGUUUGUAUUUCUGACCACAACAAUCACAUGCAAAUCUGUUUUCUAUUCUGAGACUGAUUCAUCACUGGGCUGUUAAAAGCCCUUUUGUUGAAAAAAAAAAAAAAAACCUCUUGAUCCUGGUGGUGUUUCGAGAAUAUUCAGGUACAACUGUGACUCCAUUCACAUGAUCUUUCCUGAAGGAUACAAAAAGAUCCAACAAUAGAUAUUUUACAAAAAGAAAAUCACGCAGGCAUUCUCUGCACUUUGCUGUUCAAUAGUGGCCUCCUGUGGAUGAUGAGUGCUUUUAGGCAUUUACUAUAUGAUUUUUAACUGGUUCAGCCAGAUCGUGGUCUGUUCAACCCGAAUGCCACAAUAAAUGUUAGCAAUCACAUAUGGACACAUCCUGUGAAAGUCAACCCGGGUUUGAGUCUGACCUGCGGCCCUUUGCUGUAUGUCAUUUCCCGUCUCUCUCAUCCUGUUUCCACUUUUCGGUACAAAUGUCAACCUUGUACGUAUCUUUGGUUUAAAGAAACGUAAACUGCUAACGUUACAUCCUGGACUGGUCUGUUGGUCUGUAUGUCUAGAUCCAGGGUUCUCACUCUCAGGGUCAGGAGCCCCUGGGGGAAGGACAUGUAGAAUUUGAGGAGUCACCGGAUAAUUAUUAGCCAUGCUAGCACCAUGGCUGUAGUGAUGAUAAUGUUUUUUUUUUUUUUUAAGUUUUGUGAGGACAUUCAUGACUUUGGUCAUCUCUACUACAAGUGCUUGAUAUUGAUUCAGAUUUUUGCCAUGCCUAUUAUUUAUGAAAAUGUUUGUGUGCGUUUUAUUUGAAGCCUUGCAACUUAGCAGGCAACUAAAUUUGUUUUGUUGUCAUUGAAGAAGAUGAUGAUUAGCAUGGAUGUAUGCUCUUUUUAAAGAAAGAACAUUUGACAAGCUUUUAAAAACAAUAAAGUUCUGUUACGUGUG